AUGUACAGCCAGCAUCUCUGGGCAUUAUCAACAACCAACAACCAAGUACAGCCAGAAUCCCUAGGCAUUAUCAACAACCAAGCACAGCCAGAAUCCCUGGGCAUUAUCAACAACCAAGCACAGCCAGAAUCUCUGGGCAUUAUCAACAACCAAGCACAGCCAGAAUCCCUGGGCAUUAUCAACAACCAAGCACAGCCAAAAUCUCUGAGCAUUAUCAACAAGCAAGUACAGCCAGAAUCUCUGGGCAUUAUCAACACCCAAGUACUGCCACAAUCUCUGGGCAUUAUCAACAAUCAAUUACAGCCACAAUCUCUGGGCAUUAUCAACAACCAAGUACGGCCAGAAUCCCUGGGCAUUAUCAACAACCAAGUACAGCCAGAAUCCCUAGGCAUUAUCAACAACCAAGCACAGCCAGAAUCCCUGGGCAUUAUCAACAAUCAAUUACAGCCACAAUCUCUGGGCAUUAUCAACAACAAAGUACGGCCAGAAUCCCUGAGCAUUAUCAACAACCAAGUACAGCCAGUAUCUCUGGGCAUUAUCAACAAGCAAGUACAGCCAGAAUCCCUGGGCAUUAUCAACACCCAACCAGAAUCCCUGGGCAUUAUCAACAACAAAGUACAGCCAGAAUCCCUGGGCAUUAUCAACAACCAAGUACAGCCAGAAUCCCUAGGCAUUAUCAACAACCAAGCACAGCCAGAAUCCCUGGGCAUUAUCAACAAUCAAUUACAGCCACAAUCUCUGGGCAUUAUCAACAACCAAGUACGGCCAGAAUCCCUGAGCAUUAUCAACAACCAAGUACAGCCAGUAUCUCUGGGCAUUAUCAACAACCAAGUACAGCCAGAAUCCCUGGGCAUUAUCAACAACCAAGUACAGCCAGAAUCCCUGGGCAUUAUCAACAACCAAGUAAAGCCAGAAUCUCUGGGCAUUAUCAACAACAAAGUACAGCCACAAUCUCUGGGCAUUAUCAACAACCAAGUACAGCCAGAAUCUCUGGGCAUUAUCAACAACCAAGUACAGCCAGCAUCUCUGGGCAUUAUCAACAACAAAGUACAGCCAGCAUCUCUGGGCAUUAUCAACAACCAAGUACGGCCAGAAUCCCUGGGCAUUAUCAACAACCAACCAGCAUCUCGGGGCAUUAUCAACAACCAAUUACAGCCAGCAUCUCUGGACAUUACCAAAAACCAUGUACAGCCAGCAUCUCUGGGCAUUAUCAACAACCAAGUACAUCCAGAACCUCUGGGCAUUAUAAACAACCAAGCACAGCCAGAAUCUCUGGGCAUUAACAGCAACCAAGUACAGCCAGAAUCCCUAGGCAUUAUCAACAACCAAGUACAGCCAGAAUCCCUGGGCAUUAUCAACAACCAAGCACAGCCAGAAUCUCUGGGCAUUAUCAACAACCAAGCACAGCCAGAAUCCCUGGGCAUUAUCAACAACCAAGCACAGCCAGAAUCUCUGAGCAUUAUCAACAAGCAAGUACAGCCAGAAUCUCUGGGCAUUAUCAACACCCAAGUACUGCCACAAUCUCUGGGCAUUAUCAACAAUCAAUUACAGCCACAAUCUCUGGGCAUUAUCAACAACCAAGUACGGCCGGAAUCCCUGGGCAUUAUCAACAACCAAGUACAGCCAGAAUCCAUGGGCAUUAUCAACAACCAAGCACAGCCAGAAUCCCUGGGCAUUAUCAACAACCAAGUACAGCCAGAAUCCAUGGGCAUUAUCAACAACCAAGCACAGCCAGAAUCUCUGAGCAUUAUCAACAAUCAAUUACAGCCAGAAUCUCUGGGCAUUAUCAACACCCAAGUACUGCCACAAUCUCUGGGCAUUAUAAACAAUCAAUUACAGCCACAAUCUCUGGGCAUUAUCAACAACCAAGUACGGCCGGAAUCCCUGGGCAUUAUCAACAACUAA